UGCCCUGUGCAUGUCUUCCCUUGGCUGAUUUUCAUCUGUAUCCUGUCCUUGUAAUAAACUACAGCUGUGAGUAUAAUAGCUCUCAAUGUGUUCUGUGAGUUUGUCGGCAGAUUGUGGAACUUAGGCUGGUUUGGGGGCACCCUUCAACUUGCAGCUGGUGUCAGAAGUGAGGGUGGUCUUUUGAACUGCUCCUUCUAACCUCUUCAGAGAAGAGAAACAUGUUACACUCAUGUGUAGAUUAAUGUAUGCAUAGGAACCAGACAUUGACUUGAUAACACCCAGGGUCUGUAUGAUUGAGUUUUGUGGGAUGGCAGCAAAUUUGCACUAUUUUGUACUGUUACUGUGGUGUGAUUUUACUAUGCAGUGCCAUUGCCUGGUGAUAUGUAGACCUCAAGCCUUUUUGUAACCGGUGGGUUUUAAUUCUUCAACACUAGAGGGCCCUCAGGGCUCUGAGAAAACAACCAGAAAGAAAGGUUGGCUUCUGAAUUAGAGGAUUAGAGAAAAUAAAUACAAGAGACCAUGUGGUGUCAAAUGAAGACAGGUUCCUGUGUCUUUCCUGCUCAGGGCUACAUGACCUUAAGUUGUGUGGUUCUCUUCCUGUAUUGAAAACAACUUUCCCUCCUCCCCUAUUUUGCCUCAGGUGGCAUUACCCAUUUUGUCACAGUCCAUUUUUGGUCCAGGCUCCUACCCUUUGGUCUCAGCCCACAGCACUCCACCCCCAUUUUCAUGAGCCACCAGACUCUGGUAAUAGAGUAAGAGGUCAGGAACAAGAAAUCGUUUAUUCUCAACAACAGCAGUAUGGUAGAGGGUUCAGGGCUGACCCCAAGCCCAUGGAAUAAGAGGCUCACCAACUAAAGCCUCAGCAGGUGAAUGAACAAGUAAAAGUGCCUAGCCCUAAAUGGGCCAGUUGCAGAGGCUCUGGUGUCUGGACAGAGGAGAAGGUGCAGCACUUAAUGAGCUUGGGACCCAGCACAAGCCACUCAGAAAGUUUGCAAUACAGAUUUACAACUAUGCAAAGACCACUUUCGAAUAACACUAUACUGCCCGAUGGAUAGUGCAGGUAUCUUAGAGUAUUCCCGAUUCUUUCCUCUGGUCCCUUAUAACAUUCUGUCAUAGAUGUCACUUAUCCACAAGCUAUAAUCAUCUGACAUAUUGUUCCUACUAUUAUUUUUAACACACUACAUUUACUUGUUCAUAUAUUUAUACUGCCUGUCUUUCCCAACUAGAAUGUAAGCACCACGAGUGCAGGAAUUGGGGGUUAUCAUGCCUGCCACCAUAGACUCCAGGCCUAAACCACUGACGGGCACAGAGCGGUACUCAGUAAAUAUUUGUUCAAUGCACCAGUGGAAUCUUACUUUCUUCUUACUUGGGCAACCUGAUGCACUCUCAAAUACACAAACAAUGGAUAUAAAGUGAAGCCCCAGAGGUGUGUACAAACUGGAAUGCUCGUUGGCUAAUCCCUUGAGUUGGGUGGAGCAUUCAGUGGGAAAGGAAAGGGUAAUAAACCCUCACUUGAUCUUCCUGCAACACUCCAAGACAAGAGCCACGAAGAGAAAACCCUGAGCCAGGAGUCAUGACAACCAAGCCCAAGCUCUGCUACUUUCGUGGCAGAGGCAGGAUGGAGUCGAUCCGCUGGCUGCUGGCUGCAGCUGGAGUGGAGUUUGAAGAAGAAUUUAUUGAAACAACAGAACAAUAUGAGAAGUUGCAGAAGGAUGGACGCCUGCUAUUUGGCCAAGUGCCUAUGGUUGAAAUUGAUGGAAUGGUGCUGACACAGACUAGAGCUAUCCUCAGCUACCUUGCUGCCAAGUACGACUUGUAUGGGAAGGACCUGAAGGAGACAGUCAGGAUCAACAUGUACGCUGACGGCACCCUGGACCUCAUGAUGAUGACCGCGCUGGCUGCGUUCAAACCCCCUGAGGAAAAAGAGGAGAAUCUUACUUUAAUCGUGAAGAAAGCUAAGACCCGUUACUUCCCCGCCUUUGAAAAGAUUUUGAAUGACCACGGAGAGGAUUUUCUCGUUGGCAACAAAUUCAGUUGGGCAGACAUACAACUGUUGGAAGCUAUUUUAAUGGUGGAAGAACUCGAUGCUUCUGUUCUUUCUGACUUCCCUCUACUGAAGGCAUUUAAAGCAAGAAUCAGCAACAUCCCUACAAUUAAGUUCCUGCAGCCUGGAAGUCCGAGGAAGCCGCCCCCAGAUAGCCACUAUGUGGAGGUAGUCAGGGGCAUCCUGCAGUUCUGAUGAAAGUAGGUCUUACAGUGGCAAACAGCCAUGAUCCAGUCGCAGGAUCAGUACAGGCUGCUGCAAACUGAAGCAAACUAUAGAUUCUAGGAGUAAAGUGUCUGAAAAGAACAAAACCAUACUACUAGGAACAGGAAACACUGAUUAAAUGCAAUACGAAACCAUU